CCGGCGCCGUGCAGCAGCGAGGCUCGGCGUUUAUUUCGCUUCCCCAGACUGGGAACCACUACAGCAGUGGGACUGGACGUCUAGCGACACGACCGCGGGCAGACGCGUCAGUGACAGCCAUAUGAAAGCAGUUGGAUUUGUGGAGAAAGUCAAACUACAACAUCGCCAGUGAAGGAUGAGAAGUUCAUGCUGAAACAUGUAAAAAUCAGUCCAGGAGCCACCUUGACAGAGCCGAGGGUUCAGCCGCUCAUUACUGAAGCGGAGGAAGAGGAAGGCGUCCAGGGGUCUUUGACUGCAGAGCUGCGGUGCCGCAGGGAGCCUUGUGCUGAGCUCGGGACUGCACCGGCACAAAAGACACAAGAGGAGUGAAAGAGGAAAGCCCCCGCCACCACGCCAGUGAAAGAGCCCAGAGAGUCAGAGGACACGGCGUGUUGAUUAGAGCAGAGUUCAUGAGAGGCAGACGGAGAGAUAUAUAGAUUACAGUGCGCCGUCACCCCGCUGCCCGAGUCCGCCGUCCCCACUGGCUCGUACUCGCCGCUCUAGAGUGACAACCGCGGCGGUCCAGAGCUCGACAGACGGCGGCCUCUCACUCCUCGCACAUGGACUGUUGAUGAAGAAAGAUGGCAGUGAGACCGGCAGGCGCCGCCCCUUCCUCUCGGCCACCCUCCCUCCCCCCAGCGGCCGUGGCUUGGAGCGGUUGAGGUUCAUCCGUUGGCAUCCAUUGAAGCAUCGGCAGCAGUCUGGCAGAACGCGGGAAGGAGCAGUAUGCAGGAAACUGACCUACCGGCCACAAAUGCCUUUAAAGAGUGCAAGUUCCACUGCACCAAUGGGAAUUGUUUGCGUCUGAGUUCGCUGAUCUGCAACCAGCUGAAUAACUGCGGGGACAACAGCGAUGAGGAGAACUGCCCCGUGGUCACCCAGCACCCUCCGCCGGGCAUCUUCAACUCUGAACUGGAGUUCGUUCAGAUUGUCAUCAUCAUCGUGGUGAUGACUGUGAUGGUGGUGGUGAUCAUCUGCCUGCUCAACCACUACAAGCUCUCCUCCUGGUCCUUCAUCACGCGUCAGAGCCAGGCCCGCAGGCACGAGCAUGCCCUGCAGCAGGACGGGUGUCUGUGGCCUUCAGACAGCAGCUCUCGACAAGGUGCCUCCGAGGUGUUGUACGCCCCCCAGGCCAGGGAUCGCUUCACUGCUCCCUCCUUCAUGCAGCGCGACCGCUUCAGUCGCUUCCAGCCCACCUACCCCUACCUGCAGCACCAGAUCGACCUGCCGCCCACAAUCUCGCUGUCGGACGGCGAGGAGCCCCCGCCCUAUCAGGGGCCCUGCACCCUGCAGCUCCGCGACCCCGAGCAGCAGAUGGAGCUCAACCGCGAGUCGGUGAGGGCGCCGCCCAACCGGACAAUCUACGACAGUGACUUGAUCGACAUGGGGGGAGGCGGCGGCCUGUCAGGGGUGGGGUUAGGAGGGGGGGGGAUGGUGGGAGGCGGCCCGAGGCCGCCGAGCAGUAACUCGGGCAUCAGCGCGACCAACUCCAGCAGCCACGGGCGCAUGGAGGGGCCCCCGCCAGCCUACAGCGAGGUGAUGGGCCAUUACCCCGGCUCGGCGUUCUACCUACACCAGCACAGCAAUAACCAGAGGGCGGGGGGGCCGGGGAGCAGGACGAUCCAGCAGCAGAGCCAAUCAGAAAGCACAAUAGUACCUGCCAAGGACGGCCGACCGGAGGACCUGGUGUGAAGACAAGAGUCGGGGCAGAAAGCUGCCUCUCCUCUUUCCUCCAGAUCACCUGUAAGCAGUGGUCUCUGUCUCUGUCUCUGUCUCUCUCACGUCAUCUGUCCACACUCCCAUGCACAAUUCAAU